AUGCCAUUUUUCUCAAAGGUCUUUAAAAGCAGGGAUGGCCAGGUCAAAAAGGCCGCUGUGCCUCUCGCAAACGGGGACUCGCACAAGAAGCCCCAAUGGUCCGACGCAUGGGCUCGCACGCGGGUCGACCCAGACGAGGUGUCUGAACUGCUGCAUCUGUGCACGGCUGAGUUGAAGUCGAGAGCCCUCGACAUUCCCUUCUUACUACUACCAUUUCGUCCUUCGUCAGACCCUUCUGCUGCGAGAACUUUUGUUCGCAACUUCUUCCUGCCGCCCCACGACCGAGAACCAUUACGGGGAUCCUUCUUGGAGACGGAGCUGCGUAUGACGGAGGUUAUGGUCCUGAUAAGCGUUAUGAAGUGGUGCUGGGCCCGCUUGCCAGGGGGUGUUGUAACAUGGGAGGUCUAUGAGGCGUUCAGAGUUGGAGAAAAAGACUCCAGCUUUACACGCGACGCGUUCAGUACAUUUGUUCCAAUCGGCGUUGAGUCGCCUGCUCGUUUUCAGAUCAUUCAAGACUUUUUCGACCUCCUUGCCUCGCUUGCAGCACAUGGCAAGGCUAAUGGAUUGGGUGGCCACAAAGUUUCAAGAUAUGCCGGGUGGUGGGCAUUUGAACAUUACGAUACCGGGAAAGGGUUUGAAUCUGGAUAUCAGUCAUGGUCAACUGCUGCCGACGCAACCGCACAUCUCUUCUUCGCUUAUCUACGUUCUUUGUCCCCUGGCGCGGGCAAGGCGAGCGGAAUCCUGAGCCUUCCGCGGUCACUUCAACAACUUCUUGACUCGACUUCUUAUCCUCCAAAGCAUGCUCUGUUGUCGAAUGACACCACAAAGGUCGUCAUGAUUGUCGACGUUGUGUCUCCCACCCCAUAUGCUUUAUUGCGACGGGCCAAGAACUUUGAAUACCGGGACGACGAUCGAGGGCUACAACAGUUUGCCAGUUAUGACGACCCUGUACAGGCCCUUACUGACGAGUGUCGUCGCGUCCUCAAAGCGAUUUCUUCUGCGAACCAAUCCCAGGUCUCAAAUGCAAAAACGUCUACCAGCCUAACAGAUCCAUCGUGGUCACGAUUUGAAGACGUCGGAUUUGGCAGCUCCCUGGAGGAUGAAGAAGAAGAUGAUGAAGGGCUGCUUGGUCGCAGAGUGGUCUCGACGCGGCCCAUGCAUGCCUCAGCUCGGGGAGGUGGGUAUCAGGAUCUGGCUCGACCAACAACCCCCUCGUGGGCUGAUUUCCUGUCCUCCGGGUUUGCCGAUGAGCACGGCAACAAAGCCCCAGCACCUAUCUUGCUUCCACCCGACAAGAUUCUUCCCCCUAUCAAUAUGACUGCGCCUAGAGGGCAGAGUUCUCAGUCACACCGGAGGAACCUUGACACACAGCUGAAUCUCGAUCCAGGCGAGCUGGCCAGUAUCACGAAGGUCAAUGUGGAUGAUUCCUUCUGGUGGGUCUGGAUCAGCAGUCUAGCUUCAGAGGAGCCAACCUCGAGAAAGGCCGUGUUUGGUCGAUGCGCCCUAAUCGAAACCGUUUUCCCAGAUGACAAAUGGAUGGUGAUGGAAGAGCAGGUCAAGGGUGCCGCGCCGGAGCCUGCAGCCGGAGCAUACAUCGCAGAAAAGAAGAAAACCUUCCUCGGAUUCACGACCAAACGUGGCCGGAUAACCCGAAGAGGAUCGGGUUCUAAGAAGAGCCCGCUAUCUCCCAACGCACAGUUCUCUACUGGCAAUCGAGCAACGCUGGCGCCAGAUCAACAUGCUAAGAUCCAAAAAGCCGCGGCCGAGCUAUCUAGGCGAAAGGAGGCCGAACAAAAGGAGGAGCAAGCCGCUUUGGCGACCCGUCGCGGACGCAUGCAAGAACCCAUUGCACCGUCCAAGACCAACAGCAUCUUUACUCUGGGUCCGUUGAUCAAGGACGAGGCUUCCCCGGCCUUACAAUGGGCAAGUCAAUAUGACAAGAAGGCGAUCCGGGCUAAGUACCUCGGUGACUCACUUGCUGGGAAAGGUUCUCGCGAGCUGUUGAACAUACCUCAAAACGGCCUUGGAAUCAGUAGGUCAACUUCGACACUGUCUGUGGUCAGCAAGAACAAGGACCUCCCGCCAUCACCAGCCGAAAAGGUGACACGUCCGGCUGUUAUUGAAAGAUCUCAGUCUGCGGAGCCUCCGAUGGCGCCGCCGGUCGUCAUCGAGCCUGCUCCGAUCCCCAUCGAACCGAUCGAAUCACUCCAACCCCAAGCGACGACAGAGGCAGAAGAAGUCCCUCUGCCUCCAGCGACGCCCGAAGUCGUGGAGACCCAGUCUGCUAGGCCUCAUCCUGCUAAACUGAGGAAAUCUCUCGAUCAGCAACAUCGUUCUCCUGAGCAGAAAAAGCCGAGAGGGAAGACCCCGACGGGCCCUCCUCCCGUGCAAAAGACGAGUGGCAUUCGACGUCUGUUUGGGACCAAGCGGUCCAAGUCACGAGAGUCAAGAGUUCCAGAACCGCCCGAGUCGCCAGUCAACGUGGACGAAGAUCCGGCUGUUGCUGCAGCUAGACGUGCUCUAGAGGGCAAGCCUGCGCUUCCCGCUGAAGGGUCAACUUCACCCCCUCUCAGCCCUGGACACUUCCAUCGCCUUGCAACCGUUAAGCCUGCGCAACCCCAACCAGCGAGUAUGGAUGAAGCACCGGAGACGCCGCAAAUGAAUGCUGCGUCCAUACAGAGAGAAGCAACCCCAGAACUGUCUACGGAAGACCAAGCGUACGGCGACGUUGUUGCACCACCCCGGACACGUCGCGACGAAGAAUAUGAUCAGCUCUCUCGGGUAGACACAAACGAGCGUGAACAUGCUGAUCGUGAGUUCUCGACCUUUGAUCAAGGGCCGCUGGUGGAUCAGCCAGCCUUCGUGCCUGUGGACACGCCACCGAGAGAAGAGUUUUUGACACCUAUUGAAGAGCCUUCCCAUAUACCUGUCAGCAUCCAUUCCGGACGCUCGUUCCAGCAGACGGAGAGCUCGGUGGAGGAGGAGGAUGGACCUCCCCUCACGCAACAGGUCAGUCCUGGUGACCGAUGGGCCCAGAUCCGACGAAAUGCAGCCGAACGGGCGGCGAGACAAUCAGAGGAGCAGACUUCACGGAGUCGUACUGAAACACGAACCGACGACGGAGAAACCAGUGGGGAAGAGACAAUUGAAUCACGGGUUGCACGAAUCAAGGCACGCGUAGCUGAAUUGACCGGAAACAUGGACGGCAACCGACGAUAA